GCUCAGCCCAGCCCAGCCUAGCCCAGCGCAACAGGCCUCCUUUGUGGGCCACGCUUCAGCCUAAGUCUUGCCCUUUGGUCUAUAAUCUCAGCAAGGGGUCCUAAGGAAGCCUACUAACAGGCACUCAGGGGAACCCCAGGUACCACUUCCGGGAAAGCGUGCGGGCCGCACGGGUCUCUGUGGGCACUGUAUCAUGGUGCGGAAUCUAGACAGCCUGGACUUCCAGCUGCCUUCACAUGCCCAAGACAUGCUGGAUGGCCUGCAGCGUCUGCGUUCCCUGCCCAAGCUGGCCGAUGUCACACUCCUGGUUGGUGACCAGGAGCUGCCCUGUCACCGCAGCCUUCUGGCUCUGAGUAGCCCCUACUUCCACGCCAUGUUUGCGGGAGACUUUGCCGAGAGCUUUUCGGCACGUGUGGAGCUGCGAGACGUAGAGCCGGCUGCGGCAGAACAGCUGGUGGACUUCGUGUACACCGGCCGGCUGACCAUUACCCAGACUAAUGUGGAGGCACUGACCCGCACCGCGUCCCGCCUCCACUUCCCCACUGUGCAGAAGGUCUGUGGCCGAUACCUCCAGCAGCAGUUGGAUGCCACCAACUGCCUGGGCAUCUGCGAGUUUGGGGAGCAGCAGGGGCUGUUAGGUGUGGCCGCCAAAGCCUGGGCCUUCCUGCGGGAGAACUUUGAGGCGGUGGCCCAAGAAGAUGAGUUCUUGCAGCUGCCUAGAGACCGCCUGGCCACCUGUCUGGCCAGUGACCUGCUGCAGGUGCAACCGGAGCAAAGUCGGCUGGAGGCCCUGCUGCGCUGGGUGCGCCAUGACCCCCAGGAGCGGUCUGCCCACCUGCCCGAGCUUCUCAGCCUGGUGCACCUGGAUGCCGUACCAAGGCCCUGCGUGCAACAGUUGCUGGCCACAGAGCCGCUGAUCCAGGAGUCAGAGGCAUGCCAGGAGGCCCUGUCCCAGGGCCACAGUAGGGAGCUUCCUGGCCUCCCACAGAAGAUGCAGGAGGUGCUGGUGGUCGUAGGAGGGCGGGCGCUGGAGGAGGACGAGGAGGGUGGUGAAGAACCCAGCACCCACACCGGGAACUUUGCCUUCUACAACACCAAGGCCAGGCAGUGGAUGGCACUUCCGGACUUCCCCGAUUACCACAAGUGGGGCUUCUCCCUGGCAGCACUCAACAGUGAUGUCUAUGUCACAGGUGGCUCAAGGGGUACCAAAACAGACACCUGGUCGACCACCCAAGCCUGGUGUUUCCCACUGAAGGAAGCUGUCUGGAAGCCUGUGGCGCCCAUGCUGAAAGCCCGCACCAAUCACGCCAGUACAGCACUGAACGGAGAGAUCUAUGCCAUAGGCGGCACCGCCCUGGAUGCUGUAGAGGUGGAACGCUAUGACCCCUACACAGACAGCUGGACUUCUGUCAGCCCGGCCCUCAAGUAUGUCAGCAACUUCUCGGCUGCCAGCUGCCAGGGCCGCCUCUACCUGGUGGGCUCCAGUGCCUGCAAGUACAACAUGCUGGCCCUCCAGUGCUACAGCCCUGUGACAGAUGCAUGGAGUGUGAUCGCCUCACCUUUCCUGCCCAAGUACCUGUCCUCUCCACGAUGCGCUGCUCUGAACGGAGCCCUCUAUCUCAUUGGUGACAACACUAAGAAGGUCUACGUGUAUGACCCAGGGGCCAACCUGUGGCAGAAGGUGCAGUCUCAGCACAGCCUACACGAGAACGGCGCAUUGGUGUCUCUGGGUGACGCGCUGUAUGUGACAGGUGGCCGCUGGCAGGGCAUGGAUGGCGACUACCACGUGGAGAUGGAGGCCUACGACACUGUGAGGGACGCCUGGGCCCGCCACGGCUCCCUACCCCGCCUCUGGCUCUACCAUGGGGCCUCUACUAUCUUUCUGGACAUCUCUAAAUGGACGAAGCCCUUCAGCCCCAAUGCCUCCCAGGAGCACUAGGAAGGCAGGCAUUCCGGGGUCAGCUCUUCAUUGCCCUGCAGAACAGCUCCUUUUGUGCUUGUCUUCUGUUCCCUGGGAGCUGAUGCCCUCUCCAGGGCUUGGGCUGGGCUCGAUAUCAGAUGUCACAGCUGAGUACACAGCUCCGGUCUCGGGUGCUACCAAACUUUGUGACCAGUCGUGAGAGUGAGACCCUGACACCAGCAUGGCGGAGCAGAGAGCUCCGCUGUCCCUGGAGACCUCAGAGAAGAGAGGUCCUGAACUGCACCGGCCAAGCAGUCUCCGUAGUGUCAGUGCUUCUUGCUCUACCCACCCGUGGUUUGUGGGGAAUCUGCACAAUGAGGGGGUGGAUGGGGUGCCCAGAGCACUGAGCCAGGGCCUCAGGCUUGGGUGCCCCCAUAGCUUCCUCCCUCCCCUCCAUCCUCGGAUUCCACCCCACCCCACACAGGAUGGCUGGAUAAGGGCCAGGCUCUCCCCGUCCCUAGCCUCUGCAUGCUGGUACUGUGUUUACAGAUCUGCUUCUGGGAUGAAGGCCGUCCCACCAUGGGUACCUCUGACACCAGGAAGGCAGCCUCUGAGGAGACACUAGGGAGGCAGGCGGCUGUGGCACAGGCAGGGGAGUGAGACAGUGGAGGGUGCCCUCGGAGAGCGGCUCUCAGCCUUCCUAAUGCUUUAAUACAGUUCCUCACGUUGUGGGGCCCCCAA